AUGCACGUCAACUAUCUAUCUCACAGGCGAGCGACGCGCGGGCGGAGUGCCUAGAGCAUGCGCAGUACAGUAGCUGCGUUUGCUGUCCGGGCGGAAGGAGCGAUGGAGCGGGCGGCUCCCUUUGGGAACAGGGGUAUUCAAAAGGUUGUACUUACAUCCAGAAGGUGAAGCAAUGCAUCCCAUCAAAAUCUGACAGUCAUUCAGUUCAACAGAAUCUGAAUAUGUUCGGUCUCUGAAUGCACAGGGAGAAAUGCCUGUCUCUGAGAAAAGAUUUUAAACAUCAAUGUGACUGUAAAAGUACUGAGACACACAGACUCAAGGGAUGGUAUUCCAGUGAACUGACUGUAGAAACAGCAUUACCAGCUACUCAGCCUGAAAAUUAAUUACACCAUCCACAACGGAGAGAGGCCGUCUAAUGUGAUCUGUCUGUCAGUUUCAGUCAAUUGUUGAAUCUGGAAACAAUCAAGGACACUGACACCAUGGAGAAACCGUGGAAAUGUGGGGAAUGUGGGAAGGGAUUCCGUUACCCAUCAGGGUUGGAAACUCAUCAACGCAGUCACACCGGGGAGAGGCCCUUCAGCUGUUCGGUAUGUGGGAAGGGAUUCACUCAGUCAUCCAGCCUGUACACACACCAGAACGUUCACACUGGGGAGAAGCCAUUCUCCUGCUCUGUGUGUGGGCAGGGAUUUAAUGCUUUAUCAACCCUCCGGACUCACGAGCAGGUUCACUCUGAUGAGAGACCGUUUAAAUGUUCUGACUGUGAGAAGAGUUUUAAAAGCAGAAAGGAUAUAUUGAUACAUCAACGCAGUCACACUGGGGAGAGACCAUUCAUCUGCAAAGUGUGUGGGAAAGGAUUCACUCAGUCAUCCCAUCUCCUGACACACCAACUUGUUCACACGGAUGAGAGACCCUUUAAAUGUUCUGACUGUUUGAAGAGCUUUAAAAGUAAAAAGGAUUUACUGAACCACCAACGUGCUCUGACUGGGGAGAGACCAUUCAUCUGCUCUGUGUGUGGGAAGGGAUUCACCAGUUCAUCUUACCUUCUGACACAUCAAUUUGUUCACACUGAUGAGAGACCUUUUGGCUGUCCUGACUGUGAGAAGAAAUUUAAAAGCAAAAAGCAUCUUCUUAAACACCAAUACACUCACACAGGGGAGAGGCCAUUCCACUGCUCUGUCUGUGGGAAAGGAUUCACUCGAUUAUCCCACCUGCUGAGACACCAUCGAGUUCACACUGGGGAGAGGCCAUUCUCCUGUGCUGACUGCAAACAGGAAUUUGUUGAUUUAUCUGACCUUGUGAUCCAUCAGCGAGUUCACAGUGGGGAGAGACCGUACUCCUGCUCCCUGUGUGGCAAGAGGUUCACUCAGUCAUCCCAUCUCACAACACACCAACUUGUUCAUACUGAUGAGAGACCUUUUCAAUGUUCUGACUGUGAGAAGAGGUUUAAAAGUAAACAGAAUCUGCUGAAACAUCAACAAAUUCACACGGGGCAGGGACCGUUCAUGUGCUCUGUGUGUGGGAAAGGAUUUACUCAGUCACACAACCUCCUGAGACACCAGCAACUUCACCAGCGAGAGCAGCAAAUGGAUUCUACUACUAUUGCUUCUGUUAACUGCAUCCAGGACUGAACCUUGCUGGCUGCCCAUUUCCAGUGGGGUUCCACGGUUAUGUAGUAUAUAUCAAGGAUUUAGACUUCAAUGUAAAAGCCAUGAUGAAAAAAUUUGUAGAUAGCACAGAAGUUGUGGCCAGUGAAUAAUAAAGCUGCAGACUGCAUGAUGUCAAUGGACAACUCAAACAGAAGGAACGUGGCCAAUGGAAUUCAUUGUAGAGAUAAUGAAGCGAGGAGGCCAGGGGGCCAACAGGACAAAGAAAAUGCACUAUAAUAGGUCGGAUACUGAGGAGUGUGGAGGAACAGCAAGACCUCGGACUGAUGUUCACAGAUGCCUGCCUGUCCAGCCACCUUCAGGAAAGGAGAUCAGUGAGGCAUUUGGUUGAGCCUAGAAUAUAAAAGCUGGAACUUUAGGAAACACUAGUUAAAGCACAGAUGGAGUACUGAGGGCAAUUCUGGUCAUCACACUAAUCAACUAGAAAGUGAGACUAGAUUAAUUAUCAUAAACUGAAGUCAAUUUAUUUAUAUAAUUACAGUGUUGAAUGCAUCAAGUAUAGUUGAUAAAGCUAACCUACGAGCAAUUGUAACAGUGAAAAUAUGUGAACUUUUUCAGCAAAUUAAAAUCUGCUGUGUUUCGAUUGUAAUAAUUAAGAGAAAACAUUUUUGCUAACUUCCUAUUAAAUAAGGUGACUUUUGUAUAAUGGAAGAAAUUGAUUGAUGAAUACCUGAUGAAUUUUUCUUUGUUUUAAUCUGAAAUUUAUUUUGGUUUAGUUAAUAAAGAAACACAUGGUAGUGUAUUCCAGUCCCACAGAGUGCACAUCCAGUUCCAUGUGGGAAAACCAGGAUAAUUAGAGUGACAGCACACAAAGAGGCCCUUUGGCCCAACUUAUUCAUGCUGAUCCAGUUUACUAAACUGAACUAGUCCCAUUUUCCUGUGUUUCGUUCAUAUCCCUCUAUAACUUUCCAAUCCACAUGCUUGUCCAAAUGUCUUUUAAAUGUUGUAAUUGUACCCGCCUCUACCACUACCUCUGACACCUCGUUCCAUUUACGCACCACCCUCUUUGUGAACAAGUUACUCCUCAGGAUCCUACUAAAUCUUUCCCUUUUCACCUUAAACCCACAACCUCUAGUUCUGGACUCCUCUACGCUGGGAAAAAGACCUUGGCUAUUCACCUUAUCAAUGUCCCUCAUGAUUUUAUAAACUUCUGUAGUGUCAGCCCCUCAGCCUCUUGCAUCUGAGGGAAAUAAGUCCCAGGCAGUACAGCCUCUCUUUUUCACUCAAAGCUUCCAGUCGCAGUAGCGUCUUGGUUAAUAUUUUUUGCACCCUUUCCAGUUUAAUAGCAUCCUUCUUAUACCAGAGUGACUAGAACUGUAUGCAGUAUUCCAAAUGUAGCCUCACCAAUGUCUUGUACAGCUGUAACAUAAAGUCCCAACUCCUGUACUCACUGCUCUGACCAAUGAAACCAAACAUGCCAAAUGGCUUCUUCAUCACCCUGUCUACCUGUGAUGCCAGGGACACAAUGCUUAUGAUCGACAAGAACACACAUUUGACCACAGCUAAAGUACUACACUCAGUUCUGGUCACCACAAACCGGGAUAGAUGUGAGCACACCAGAAAUGGUACAUAGGAGAUUGAUGAGGAUGUUUCCAGGAUUGGAGAAUUUUAGCUCAGAGAAAAGAUUAGAUGAGGUGGGUUUGUUUUCUGUGGAACAGAAGAGACUGAGAUGAGAUUUAAUUGAAAUAAGAUAAUGAGGAGUCCAGAGAGCGUGGAUAGGAAGGAGUGAUUCAUUUAGAAGGAGGUCAGUAAUUGAAGGUUUUAGAUCUUGAGUAAUUCACAGAAAGAGGGGGAGGUGAGAAAUCAUUUCAUCCAGAGAUGGUAUAGAGCUCGAACUCACUGUCUGAUGGAGAGGUAGAGGCAGAAACCCACGUCAUAUUAAAAAAUAAACAUGGAUAUGCUUGAAAUGCGGAACAUACAGGGUUAUGGAUUGAUAUCAGCAGAAUGGGAUCAGCCUGGAUAGUUCUAUUUCAGCGAAUAUAAACACGAUGGGCCACGUGGCUUCAAUCUAUGCUGUAAUUUUCUGAUGUAUUUAUUCUGACUAUUGGAGCUUGUUUCUGAUGAUGUUAAUAACCUCAUAAAUUGGACUGGAGUUUAAUAUUCUGGAGAAAUGUCAAAUAAAUCAGCUUUGCUUCAAA